GAUGGCUGGGAGCAGUGUGGGGUGUUCCGGACAGGAUCAGGUCCCUGGGAGCCGGGGAUACCACGGGCUGGGGGAUGCGCGGCUCCCAUCGCACCCACGCUGCUUGUUCUGUGCCUCUGCUGGGGCUGCGCUGGGUUGGAGCAGGUAACUGGGGGAUUCUUCAUGCCUUAAACAACCCCAGCGCCCCCCCCCGAGCUCCCACUUCUGCUGUCUUAGUGGCUGGCACCACCAUAAAGGCACAUGGUUUCUGUUCCCCCCCUCUCCCCCCCCCCAAGCAUCCUGUAGGACUCCAGCAGCUCCACAAAGCCCUCUUGAUUUAAGGGGAUGUUUUGGGGGCCUCUUCCUGUAUUUCCAAUGCAGGCUGGGAUUUAGCACAGGGCUGGAGCAGCCGGGGUCUCUCCAGGCUGGGAGCAGAAAGUGGGGCUGCAGCAUGGCCCCCUCUGCGUCACAGCUCCCCAUAGCUGUGGGCUCCUUCCCUUGGGUUUUGGCUUUGCCAUGCAGAGAACAGCCCCUCAUGGGCUCAGUGGCUGUUGGUGCCGCUGCCAUCACCCAGGCUUCCUGAAGGCCUCCCCAGCUCUCACACAGCUCCCGAGGUGACUCCCGGCUCUGAAAGCUGGGGGAGGAUGACCAAAAGCUGCUGCUGGGCUCUGAGAAGGCAGCUGGGACCAGCCCCUUCUGCCCAGCAUCGCUGCGGCUGCUCCUUUGCCAGUGCCACCUCCUGGGUUUCCCCUGGGUGCCGGUGCCCUGCGCAUCCUCCAUGGGAGGUGUGGGAUGGGUGGUGGCAGGAGGAGGUGCUCACCCAGUGGGUGCUGGGCUCGCAGCCGUUGCUCGAUCUGGUCAAGGCUGCGCUGCUCUUCCUAUUGCCAAACCCAGGGCCCUUUACAGCAGCCAAAGCGCGUUUCCAGCUCAAUCCCACUCCACCAUCUCCCACCAAGGGCUCCAGCAAGGAGGAGCUGGCCAAGGGUCAACAACCAUCAGUGUCCCCUGGACAGGACUGAGCUGGGGGCCAUGGCCGAGCGCCGGGCAGGCACCAAGAGCCGGCGCUUGGGCUCCAGCCGACGCAAGGGCUUUGGUGAGGCACCCGCAGCAGCCCCCAGCCCCGGCAAGGAGCCAUCAUGGGCAGCUGAAAUAGUGCAGAGGGUGCAGGAGCUCCUCAGGGAGCAGGACAAGGACCAGGAGGGGUUCGUCACCCACUCGGCCAUACAGAGAUUACAGGAGGAAGAUCUCCCGUGCAGCACGGAGGAGUUGGAGCUCGUCUUCAAUGGGCUGGAUGCGGCCGGCACCGGGCGGUUGAGAACUGAGGAAUUCACUUUUGGACUCUGGCAGUUCCUGAGCUCCCAGAAAGCUGCCAGGGACCAUCGUCGGCAGAAAACAGCAUCGCGGAGGGUCCCCUUGGUCCUUCCCAGCCCGGCGCUGGAGGAGGUGGACAGUGAGGAGCGGAGGCAGUUCUCUGCCUUUAUGGACCAGUUGGGCACGGACAACAUCUCUGAGGAACAGGAGAUCUGGGAGCUCUGGCGGAAGCUCCGGCAGGAUGAACCCCAGCUCCUGGACGCUCAGGAGGACUUUGUGGCCAAGGUGAGGCACCGCAUCCAGGAAGUGAGGAACAAGAAGGAGGCUUUGAAGGAGACCCUGAACAAACGCGUGGCCGAGCACGGCAGGGAGGUGCAGCGGCUCUGCGGGGCUCUGGAGCAGCGGAUCCAGGGGGAGCAGCAGCGGCUGGAGCAGGAGAGCGUGGCCCCGAGCCCCCAGCGUGCGGCGGAGCUCCAGCGAAUGCUGGAUGCCGGUGAGAAGGAGGUGCAGCGCCUGCUCACAGCGCAGCUGGAGCUGGAGACACGGUGCCACAGCCUCCGCAGCAUGCAGGAAGCUGCCAGCACCGAGAACCGGCAGCUUGAGGAGAGCAAGCGGGUGCUGGAGCAGCACCUCCAGCACCUCCACCAGCAGCUCCAGCAGACCCACGGGCGCCUGCGGGCAGUGAGGGCUGCAGUGGCUUGGGAGCACGUGGAGGAGCCGGGGGGCAGAGCAGUGGCAGAGCUGCCCAGCGAGACACCCGUGUCCCCAAAGAUGAGUCGGGAGCACAGCAAGAAGUACCGCUCCAAGACGCAGAUGAGGGGGGAGUCCCAGAGCAGUGAGCCCAAAGCCAAGAGCACCCACCAAGUGGUGUGGGAAAUGCUGCCUGCAGAAGUAAGCCUUCUGGGAGCCCCGCAGGGAGCGAGCUCUGUGGAAGAGGACCCCUGCCCAGAAUCUCUGAAAGAGGAAUGGUUCUCUGUCCAGAGCUCUUUGCUAAGAGAGGUGGAUGAUGCAACAGCAGCUCUGAGCAAACAGCUGAAGCCACAGGCACCAGGUGCACCCCCUGCUCCAGCAAACACUGCACAUCACCCCCAGGAUGAUGCUGAGCCCCAAAUGGGGCUGGAGGAAGGCACAGCACAUGGAACAACCCCCAGGGUGCAACAAGAGACCCUCUCUGGUCAUACUGGUCACAAGCUGUUUGAAGGAGACAUGGAAGAAGGACCAGGCACAGCUCCAGAUGUGCCACAGGCUGGUGCGUCCACGGGAGCUGGGCACCACAGGGCUCAGGAGCCAGAGCAGGGAGAGGAGGAACAAAGGAUGUUAUUCCCGCAAGGAAAGGGUGGUGGUGUGAAGGAGGCGAUGCUAAAGGUGGCGGAGCAUCUCCAGGGAGCACUGGGAGAGAACACGGAGGCAGGAGAGCAGGUCCUGAUGGAGGUGGAGGGAGCAGGAUGGAUGCAGGAAAAAACAAGCUGGGAAAAGGCACGGCUCCUGGGAGAAGCUGAGGAAGUGGCAUUAAGCCAGGGAGAAAACCUGGAGGCAGGUCUGGGGUCACCAGGGGCUGGGGAGGCAGGUCUGGUUGUGCGACAGCACCUUGGCAUGGAUGAGCUUCACCCAGCUGCACCUCAGCCCCUGGGCACGGGGCUGGGGGAAGAGGCUCAGCCACCACUGAGGCUCUCCAAGGAACUGGAAAUGAAGGCAGGAGAGCUCCUGGAGCCAGAGCCACCACCGCAGGGUGAGGUACGAAUAGGAGCAGCCCAGGGGCACAGUGUCCUUCCCGAGGUGACUGCGGCUCUUGGCCCCGGGAUGCUGGAGCAAGAUGAUACUGUCAGGGCAGAGGUGAAGCUCCAGGGAGAGACCUUGGGUGCUGAGGUGCUGCCAGCCCAAGCUCAGCAUGGAGCUGGAACCGAGGAAAGGGAGGUGCAAGUAGCCCAGGGAGAGUCUGCAAGGGGAGAUGCAGAGCAGGGCCGGAGUGCCGGUGCAGGGGUGCCAGUGGUGCACGAAGGGGGAGCAGGAGCAGAUGUGCCACCGCUGGAGGCGCAGAGCAGCAGGGCCAACGUGCAGCUGCGGGCAGAGGUGGAGGCGGCUCUGCAGCCACGGGCUGAGCCUGGCUCCCUGGGGACAAAGCAGGGAGGGAGCGCGGCUCCAGAUGUGCAGCCCCUGGAGGAGGGUGAUCGACCAGAGCUAGGGCUGGGGGAGGACACGGGUGCUGCUGUGGUGCAUGGCGAGGGUCCUUCCCCAGCAGAAAUGUCUUUGGGGAGCCCAGCCCUGUGUGGGCUCUUCCCAGUUAAGGCUCAGGCAUUGGAAAUGGUGGAGGCAAAGGACUCCUGGGCAGAUAUGCAGCUACAUAGGAGUUCCAGUCCAGAAACACCCCAGGGAGAGGAGGGCCAUACAGUGGUACCUCUCCUGGAGGAGGAUGAGGAUGGUGCACAAGAGCAGGGUGAGCAUGGGCUGCCACAGGAGCCUGUGCUUGAUCCACAGGGAGCAGGAUUUGGGCAGGGAGAGGAGCCUGCUGCAGGCGUGCAGCCACAAGAGGAUGCUGAAAGCCUGGACAGGCUGGAGGACCAGAGCACUGGUGCAAGUGUGCAGAUGCUUGCAGAGAUGGAUGAGGUCAAAGAGAUCUCAGGCUGGAACACUGAAGGGGAUCUGCAGCUGCUGAGUGAGGUCAGCUCCCUGGGUACGGAGCAGGGAGGGAGCGUGGUUCCAGGUGUGCAACCUCUGGAUCAGGUCGAUAAAGCAGAGUUAGUGGAAUUGGAGGUAGAGGAUUCCACAGCAAAUGUAGAGCUGCAUGGGGGUCCUAGUAUUGAAACCCUCCAUGGGGGUGAACACCAUGCGGCCUUGCAGCUUGUGGAGGAGGAUGAGGAUGGGGAAGAGGGGCAGAGUGAGUGUGGGCUGCCACAUGAGCCUGUGCUUCACCCCAAUGGAGUGGCCAUCAGGCAGGGAGAGGGGGCUGCUGGAGGCAUGCAGCCAUGGGAGGAGGCUGAAAGCCUGGACAGCCUGGAGGACCAGAGCACUGAUGCAAGUGUGCAGAUGCUUGCAGAGAUGGAUGAGGUCAGAGUGACCCCAGGAGGCAGCACAGAGGCAGAUCUGCAGCUCUGGAGCGAGGUCAGCUCCCCAGGGACAGAGCAGGGAGGGAGCGUAUCUCCAGAUGUGCCAGAUGAGCAAACCCUGGAUCAGGUUGAUAAAGCAAAGUUAGUGGAAACGGAGGCAGAGGACUGGGCAGACAUGGAGCUGCAUGGGGGUCCGAGCCCAGAAACAGCCCAGGGACAGGGGGGGCAUGCAGCCCUACAUCACAUGGAGGAGCCUGAGGAUGGUGCACAAGAGCAGGGUAAGAGCGGGCUGCCCCAGGAGCCUGUGCUUCACCCCCAUGGGGUGAGGCAGGGAGAGGGGGCUGGUGCGGGUGUGCAGCUCCAUGCAGAGGCUGUAAUCCUGGGCACACUGCAGGCUCAGAGCACUGCUGCCGAUGUGCAGCCUCCUGCAGAAGUGGAUGAGCUCGAAGUGACCCCCGAGGCAGAUCAGCAGCUCCUGAGUGAGGUCAGCUCCCUGGAUACAGAGCAGGGAGGGAGCGUGGCUCCAGAUGUGCAACCUCUGGAUCAGGUCAAUAGAGCAGAGUUACUGGAAACAGAGGCAGAGGACUGGGCAGAGAUGGAGCUGCAUGGGGGUCCCAGCCCAGAAACAGCCCAGGGAGGGGGGUACCAUGCAGUCAUGCAGCUUGUGGAAGAGGAUGAGAAUGGGGAAGAAGGGCAGGGUGAACACGGGCUGCAGCAGGAGUCUGUGCUUGAUCCGCAGGGAGCAGGAUUUGGGCAGGGAGAGGGGGCUGCUGCGGGUGUGCAGGCACAGGACAAGGCUGUAAUCCUGGACGGGCUGGAGGCCCAGAGCACUGAUACGAGUGUGCAGCCACUGACAGGGCCAGAGGAGCUCAGAUCAAGCUCAGGAGGGAGCCCAGAGGCAAAUGUGGGUGCAGCUGGGAUGCAGGAAGGGGAGCAGAGGCACACUCCAGGCUCAGAUGUAGCUCACACUGCAGAAGGGUGUGGGGAAGCUGGCGGUGCUCAUGUGUCCCCCCCAGCUGAGGCCACUUCGUAUCCUGAGCGUGUCGCUGCUCCCAAGGCUCCUGGUGUGGAAGCAAAGCAGGGAGCACUCACUGGUCCUGAUGGGCAGAUCCUGGAGGAUACCCAGACACUGCAGUUACCAGGGGGAGAGAGAGCUGCUGCAGAGAGGAGACCUCUGGAUGGAGCUCAAGGUCUGGAAGAGGGGCAGGGAGAGAGGCUGGAGGCAGGGGUGAGGAAUUUAGUGGAAGCUCAGGCUCUAGGGCUAAAGCAGGGCCAUGAUGAUGGUGCAUCUGCACCAGCCUUCCCAGUCUCCAAGGUGCCAUUACAGAUCAGCACACUAAAGCUGGAAGCAAUGAUGCAGGAGGAUGUUCUUGUUCCAGAUGUGUGGCCGUUAGGUGCUUCAGGACAGGCAGCCCAAAGUGAGCUCCAGGAGCAGGUCUCAGCAGAGGCAGAGAAGCCACCACACGCAACGGAAACAGAGAAAGCAGCUGCUGGACCUGCUGAGCUUCCAAAACAAGAAGUGGCACCAGCAUCACCCCUUCACACAAGGGUCCUACAGGAGGAAGAUGCUGGGAAUGAUCAGCUGGGGACAGUUCUUGGAGGCAGCUCACUGGGGGAUGCAGCCAGCAUGCAGCCUCAAAGGCAGUCGUUGGGAGAACAGAGCAAAGACCUCGAUGUUGAUCGAUGGAAGAAGCAGGAGGUUGGAAGGAAAAUGAGCCAGGAAGGAGAGCCAAGUCCAGGGGAGCCAGGGACUGUCACUGCAGAUGGGGCAGGAGCUGCCCCAAGGGGUUCUCCUAAAGCCCCCCUGGACCCAGAUCACCUCUACAAUGUGCUGUUUGUCGGGGACUCCCAUGUGGGCAAAACAUCGUUCCUGUACCGGCUGCAUGCUGACACCUUCAACCCGCACCUCACCGCCACCGUAGGACUGGAUUAUCAGGUGAAAAGCUUUGUCGUGGACAACAAGUGCUUUGCUCUCCGCCUGUGGGACUCAGCUGGUCAAGAAAGGUACCACAGCAUCACCAAGCAGUUCUUCCGGAAGGCGGAUGGGGUUGUGCUGAUGUACGAUAUCACAUCCGAGUAUUCCUUCUUGGACGUGCAGUACUGGCUGAGCUGCAUCCAGGAAGGAGCAGAAGAUGGAGUCGCUAUUCUGCUUCUUGGGAACAAAACUGACUGUGCUGCAGAGAGACAGGUCCCUAUGGAGCAGGGGGAACGCCUGGCCAAGGAGCAUCAGCUCAUGUUUUAUGAAUGCAGUGCUGCCUCGGGCCACAACAUCUCCGAGUCCAUGGUCAGCUUGAUCAGGUUGCUCAAAGUGAAUGAGGAUAAACUGAAAAAUAAGGCAGAAGAGGUACCAAAGCUACCUCAGAAGAAAAAGAGCUGCUGCUGGUGAUGGAGAGACCCCCACAUGCGAUCUGAAACUGCAGUGACAGCCAGAAAAGCAUAAAAAUAGCCUUCAGGCACCAUCUCUGCUCCCCAUGUGUCUGCCUGGCCCCAUGCCCUUCAGAUGCUGAGAGCAAAAGUCGCUGUGGAGGAGUGGCUGUUACCCAGCCCCUUCUCUGCUCAUCUCCUGCCACCAUCCCAGAGGACAGGAGCCCUUGUAAAUACUUGUUGGGAAACUUUACUGCUUUCUUUUGAAGACACAAAAUGGGCUAUGGAAAGAGGCAGAAUAGGAAAUUAGACAGAUCUGAGAUGCUGGAAUGAUAUUGGAAGCAGCAGGGAGCAAAACCGAGUCUUGGGAUGAAAGACAUGAAUACCAGGAGUCACCAAAGGCUGGUGUGUAAAACAGGGGGUUUAGGGCUGUUGGUGCUGCUGUGUGGUGGUGUCUUUUGCUCUGGCUUUGCAAUCUGAUCUGGAACAAUGAAAUAUGGAAUAUAUCCUAAAUGCACUUUUAACUCCCUGCAGUUAGGCAAGGUAAAGUUAAGUUUUUCUCUUUCCUGGUUUAUUGUGCCAGUGAGCAGCAAUGGGUCUUGACAGAAAACUGCUAAAAACUGCUUAAAACAAAUGUAAAACCUCCCAAAACACAUCCAGGAUAAUAGAAAGAGCACUCAGGUGGUGGGAUGUGGGAGCAGGUAAAUGCUUGCAGGAGCUCUUUUCAUUGCAUUGCCCCCAGAGCAGGUAUUUGCACUACUGCAGAUCUCAGGGUGAGGAGGGCAGAGCAAGCUGCUGCACCCUGCCCUUCUGCACUGAGGUGGCUGCUGUAUGAAGUACUGAAUUGGGGUCAAAAAGAAAACCCAGUGUGAAAAACCUAAACAAGCAUAUUUGAAGGGGGUUUUAAUUAUUUUUCUUUCUACAGCUUCAUGCAGAGAACUGUAUUUUUUGCAGAGAAAGACAUAGAGACUGAAUAAAUAAAAUGACAAUUGCUGUGUUUUAAUGGUUUUCUGUGUUACAGGUGUUGCCUUGUCCUUCAGCAAGGAGAGGUAUUUAAAGACCAUGCUUUCAUGCAGAUUUGGGGGAAAAUAGUUCUGCUCAGAUGGGUUUGCCUUUCGUUGACAUUAUUAUCUAUAUAUACAUUAUGGCAGAGCAGAAUAGCAGCCAGUUUCUGCUUUAUAACAAUGCAGUGACAAGAAGCGUUGGUUUCCUAAUAACACUAUAUGCUAAAGAAAAGGAUAUCAUUCUGCAUGUUUCUGACUGUUAUAGCCCAGCUUUCCCAGGAAACAAGGCUUAGGAGCUCCUGCUGCCCGUGUAUGUGUACCUGUUGGUACAAAAGUCCCUGGUGAGGAGCAAUUGCAAAGCUCUGAGAUGCUGUGACUUGUGUGAAUAAAGGCCUGAGUAACUGAGA